CUCUUCCUUUCUUUUCAUUCAUCCAGUGAUUAGUUCUAUUCUCUGUUCAGUUUCCUUCGCAGAGAUUUGUUUAAGCAAUUAAUCAUAGGAGGCAACAACAAAAGGAACAAAGGCGGGGGGAAAAAGGAAUUUCUAGAAAUUAAAAGAAGAAAUUAUGGCUGAGGCAAUUGCUACCUCCACUGCAUCAAAUCUUGUGUCGAAACUAUGUGAGUACCUGAUUGCUCCCAUUGGACGCCAAUUUGGGUAUGUGCUGUGCUACAAGAGCUACCUUGAAGAUCUCAAAAAUGGAAUCAAGAAGCUGGAGACUGCGAACGAAAGGGUGCAACAUUCCGUCCAAGAAGCCAAGAAUAACGGAAAAUCUAUAGAAAAUGAUAUUAUGAUUUGGUUGGAGAGCGUGGAGGAUAAGGCUAAGGAAGUACGAAUCCUGUUAGAACAUGGUGAAAGUGCAAACAAUGCUUGCUUUGGUGGGUGCCUUCCCGACCCCUUGGUGCGCCAUCCAAUUGGUAGGAAGGUGAAGAAGAUAACUCCAGUCAUUCAAGGACUCCAUGAUGAAAGCACGAGUAGUAACUUCCAAAAGGUCUACUAUGAGAAUACUCCAAUAGGAAUUGUCCCUCCUACCACUUCCACUACAAGAUCUGUUGACAAGAAAGAAGAUGUCCUGGAGUCGAGGGCUUCAAUCACAAAGGAUGUAAUGAAGGCUAUAGCUGAUGACAAGGUUUAUGUGAUUGGGGUGUAUGGACCAGGUGGGGUUGGCAAGUCCAAGCUUUUGGAGGACAUCGAAAGGCGAGCAAAGGAAGAAAAGUUGUUCGGUGUGGUUGCCAUGGCAGAAGUAUCACGCAACCCAGAUCUAAGAAGAAUCCAGGGAGAAAUCGCUUAUGCAUUGGGUUUACAGAUAAUGAAUGAGGAAACUGCCCGUGGGAGAGCAGACCUUCUGCGCAAAAGGUUGGAGAGUGACUCUAAGAAAAAUAUUCUCAUAAUUUUAGAUAAUUUGUGGAAGAAAAUAGAGUUGAACGAAGUUGGAAUCCCUUGCGGAUACGACAAUAAAGUAAGAGGCUACAAGCUAUUGAUAACAUCUAGAAGACGAGAAGUUUUGCGCGCUGAUAUGGGCUCUGAUCGAGAAUUCCGACUCAAUGAGUUAGAGGAUGGAGAAGCACGAAGACUUUUUGAAAGGAUAGUGGGGGACAGAGUUAAUGAUCUUGAUAUUAAACCCUGGGUAGAUGGAGUAAUCAAGAAUUGUGGAGGCUUGCCACUUUUGAUUGAUUCGUUGGCAAAAAGGUUGAAAUACGGAGAUUUGGCUGCGUGGAGGAUUGCUUCGACCCAUAUGGACGUGUCAGAUGCAAAAUCAAUAGUAGAACUAAAUUACAAUGACUUAGAAGAUGAGAGAAUCCGAUCAUUGUUCUUGAUUUGUGCUCUAGACUCUGGGAGUAUUCUCAUGAGGUGUAUCCUUGCCUACUGUAUGGGUUUGGGUUUAUACAAAAAAAUUCAACAAGACCAUCGAAAAUGCAAAAGAGAUAGGUUGAUUAUGGAUUUACAUAGCCUACAGGACUCUUCUUUGUUAUUAGAUAGUGAUGACAUGAAAGAGCUUAGAAUGCAUGACAUAUUUGUGGACGUGGUGUUGACACCUGAUUUUUAA